CUCCCUCCUUCACUCCCUCCUUCCCUCCCUCCCUCCCCGGGGCCGCGGUGACCGCCGGAGCGGGAGACGGAGGGCGGCGGGCGCUGGGGCUGAGCGCGCUCCAGGACCGGCCGCCGCGCUCCUGCGGCCCCGAGGCCCCCGGGGGCAGCCCCGGCUCUGCAGCCUCGCCGGCCUCAGGGCAGUAUCUUCAGGAUUCCUCUCAGGCCGUGGCCACUCUGCUCACCGUUGCCCGCCCCUUCGUCUGAAGUUCAUUUCUAGAAGCAGGACGCGUUGCUUCUCUAAAUGGAUCUGGUUUCAGCAUAAAGCAUAAGCUGUGGAGUCACUCCUUGUCACUCAACACCGAUCCACCGGGAACCCUUCUGCCAUUGGAGGGGGCCAUCCUGAGGGGGGGUGUAGAUGCCGACUCCUUUCCCUUCCCCGUCCACCCCCACUGCCUCAGUAGGAGGGGACUGUGAGGAGGAAAGUGGCCCAGGAGUUUCCCCUCCCCGCCGGAGCCGGGCAGAGGGGUAUGAACCGUGAGGGUGUUCCCGGGAAGAGUCCGGAGGAGAUGUACAUUCAGCAGAAAGUGCGGGUCCUGCUCAUGCUGAGGAAGAUGGGGUCGAACCUGACGACCAGCGAAGAGGAAUUCCUGCGGACGUACGCGGGAGUCGUGAACAGCCAGCUCAGCCAGCUCCCACAGCAUUCGAUCGACCAGGGUGCAGAGGACGUGGUCAUGGCGUUUUCCAGGUCGGAGACGGAAGACAGGAGACAGUAGCCGGAGAAGCUUCGGGAGAGCCCCAGGGGCUGGCCGGGGCCAUGACAGCUCUGCAGAUCUGGGAGGCUGGCUGAGGAACCUGCCCCUUGUCCCCCUCCCCCCAGCUCCUCCUGAGUUCUUUCCUGUCCACCCCUCUGCCCCCUUCACUCACACACCAACACACACACACACCUCCCCUCCAAAGCAUCCCCCAGCCUCCGUCUGUUGUCUGUUCUCCGUCGCUGCUCAGCUGGGCUGUGAGUCGAGAAAAGGCAGUGGUGUCACUCAGAUUUGCCCAGAGGGACGGACUCCGUGAUUGGCUAAAGGAAGAAACUUUUUUUUUCCAUUCUUGACCAACGGAAACCUUUUCUUUUUAUUUCUGACUUAUUUUAUUUUAAACGUGUGUGUGUGUGUGUGUGUGUUCUGUUUUGGGGUUUUUUUUUCCUGCGACUCUCUGUGUCAGCUGCCCGGGAAGCGUUCCAUGCUCUGGUGCUUUUAUUUUAUUAUUAUUUUUUUUAUAGGUCACUUAGCAAUGUGAAAUGAUUUAGAUUGGCUCUUAAAACUGGAAAAGGAUUUUGAUUGGCGGGUUAAUAGAAAGUGCGUUUCUCUGUGAUUGGCUUCAAGGGCUCUUCAGACCACCUCAGCUCUCGGUUUUGGAGGAAGAAAACAGGGCUUGGGGCAUUGACGGUUGUGACAUUUAAUGACUUGUAAAAAGGGAAACCGAGGGUGCUUUGCAAUAUUUAUUACACAGUGAGCUUGCUGC